AUGCCAACGUGUAGCACUUGCGGAUCUAUUCGUUCCUCUGAAGAAUUUAUACUUAAUAGUAGCAACUACAAAACUUGUAAUAAAUGUAGAUUUGCAAGAUCUAAAAAAAAAAGUGAAUCAGCCAGUAGCUCCAAUAUUGAAAACAAUUCCAUUGAAAUAAUUCCUAUACAGGAAGUUAGUCACUCCAAUAUUGAAAACAAUUCCAUCGAAAUAAUUCCUAUACAAGAAGUUAGUAGCUCCAAUAUUAAAAAUAAUUUCAUUGAGAUAAUUCCUAUACAAGAAGUUAGUCAAUAUAUUAUAAAUACAAUUGAUGACUUAGAAGACUAUGCUGAACUUUCUCUUGUCCUUCGUAUUCAGCUUGAUGAAUCCAUGAUAAGUGAUACUGAUAUAAAUGUCAAAACCAUAGCGAAAUUAAUAAUUGAUGAAAUAGAAGAGGGAGAUGGUUAUAACUGGACAGCCACGACUGCAUCUAACCUUUCAGCUCGUCAUCAUAACGUCAGAAAUGCUUACUUUGCUUGCUCCCAAAGUUCAGAGCUUGAACGUGAACUUAAAGAUUCAAAUCAAAAAAGAACCAUUCGUUAUAAUUGUGGUGGCAAAGUAUCAAUUAAAAUUGAUAUACCAGCGGCAGAAGCAAAGAUAACAUUAAAGCAUAAAAUUUUGCAUAAUAAACCUAUUGAGGUUGAAACGCCAUCUGAAGUAAAACAAGAAAUUAAUAAGCACUUACACUUGAAUCCUGUCGAAUUAAGACAACAUCUUCGAAAAAAAUUUAAUAUAUCCAAUGUCACAUCUAAGCAAAUUCAUUACUGGUGGUCCUAUUUUACACAGCAAUUCUAUAAAAGUGACGAAAAUCAUAUUGUGUUAGCACAUAUGUUUUUUACCAAACAAAUUAAUAAUCAUUGUACUCUAUGUUUUCAUCUUGAUAUGAGUAAUACAACAUUUAUCGGUUUCACGACAUGCCUACUUGAUAAAUCCGAUUACAUAGAAAUACACUGUGAUGCCACGUAUAAAACCUCCAAAGGGCGAUUCGAGCUUUAUGGAGUUGUUGAUCACUAUAAUAUGGAUGAAGAUAAUGAAAUCCUUACUAACAAAUGCCAGAUUCUUGAGUCUAAAGCAGUGGCAUUGCAACGUUUAGUUGAUCACAUUAAUGUAGAACUAAUAGCAAAUAACUUACAACAUGUAGAAUCUAUU